AUGUCUCAGCAAACCAAACAACGUAACAUUAUUUCAGCAUUACAAAAGCGCGAAAUUUGCUUGCUAAAGAAAAAUGUGCCAGAACCAAAAAAUGUUGACCUCGCAAAACAAUUUAAAAUUAGUCCAGGCCAAGUCACAGAUAUUUUGAAAAAUUCUGCCAAAUGGCUCGCAAUUGACCCGAAUUCGUACCAAGCGAAAUUGAAAAAAGCGCGUUUCUCGAAUUUGUCGAAAGUUGAAGAAGCACUAAUUAUUUGGAUCGAAAAAGCACUUGAAUGUAAUCUAACAAUUACAGGCUCCCUCAUUCAACAAAAAUCUUUAAAAUUUGCAGAGUUAUUAGAAGUAACAGAUUUUAAAGCAUCAUCUGGUUGGCUUGAGAAGUUUAAAAAGAGGUAUUCUAUUAGUGCAUUCAAUAAACAUGGCGAGUCUCUAAGUGCACCAGUCAAAGAGAUUCCAGAAAUGAGAGAAAACUUGAAGACCGUCAUUAAACAGUAUCAACCAGAUGAUGUUUUUAAUUGCGAUGAAACGGGUCUGUAUUGGAAGAUGGAGCCUACACGUGGAUUAUCAACUGGACCUUUAUCAGGAACGAAACAAAGCAAAGAGAGAAUUACCAUCUUAUUAACAUGUAAUGCAACCGGCACUGAAAAACUAAUUCCGUUAUUUAUUCAUAAAUACCAAAACCCACGUCCAUUGAAUGGAAUUAGUAAAAGUUCAUUACCAGUGGAUUAUUACUGGAAUAACAAAGCGUGGAUGCAAAUUUCCAUAUGGAAUGAUUACUUAAAAAAAUUAGACAACAAAAUGCGUAGGGCAAAUCGGAAUAUAUUGUUGUUAGUUGACAACGCGCCAACACAUAAUUUACUGGAUAGUCUUGACUUAACGAAUGUGACAAUCCAUUAUCUACCACCGAACACAACAUCACACUUACAACCGUUAGAUGCAGGGAUAAUCCAUAGUUUUAAGGCUCAUUAUCGGAAACUGCUACUUGAAAAAAAGAUAAAAGCUUUUGAUAAACAACAAAUUACUGGUAAUGAUGAGUUAAUUGACGAAGAAAUCGAAAAAGCAAAUAAUAUAAUAACUAACAUUACAUCCGGACAACAACUAUCUAUUCAGAGGUUGAUUGACAGUCUAUCAGUCGAUUCCUCAUUAUCUGCCACAGACUAUAUUACAAUUGAUGAUGGUGACAUGAGAAAGGAAAUGGUGACAGACAAUGAGAUUGUGUCUUCCCUCUUUCCUAUAGAAGAAGAGGAAGACAAUGAUGAAAGUAGCUCGACAUCUCUCUCUACUGUCUUUACUAAAGAUGCAGUAGUCGCAUUUGAAACAGCGUUCAACUUCCUUCAGCAAGGUGACAUAGAAAUUAGUUAUGAUGAAUUUAAAGCCUUUCGCACAUUGAAGAGAAAG